AUGGAGGACCCAGAAGCCCACCAGGCCUCUCUCCAGGACUUACUACAAUCCUCCACCGCCACAGACAUCACCUCCCCCGCUGCCUCCUCCUACCUCGACCACCUCCUCGCCCUCCCCCUCCCAGAGCUCACCCGCCAGCCGAGCCUCAUCUCUCUCGAAUCAUCCACCGUCGAGUCUGAUCUCACAAACCUCUGCUUCCGAGAGUACCCCACUUUCAUCUCGGUACACAAAUGCUCUUCGGCUGUCAAGUCGGCUUUCGACGACUUUUCGGGAUCAUUGAGCAAGCUCAUUGACUCAAUACCAACUCUGGAAGAGGAAUGCCGGAUCUUUACGAAUGAAAGUGGAAAGAUCCAGAGGGUGCGGGGGAAGGCGUCUCUGAUACAGGAACACCAGGACAAGCUCUUGGACCUGCUAGAGAUCCCUCAGCUCAUGGAGACGUGCGUCAGGAAUGGGUACUAUCAAGAAGCCAUGGAGCUUCUUUCCCAUUCGCGCUCUUUGAGCGAGAGGUACAAAGACAUUUCCCUCGUUCAAGACGUCGUGAAAGAAGUCGACAACGUCCUCCAGCUCAUGCUUGCCCAGCUCCUCACCCUGCUGCGCGAACCUGUCAAGCUGCCAUCUCUUGUCAAAGCCGUCUCUUUCCUGCGGCGACUGGAGGCUAUGGAUGAGAUAGAGCUUGGAUUGGUGUUUAUCGCCAGCAGGUAUCGCAAUUACCGGACACAGUUGGUACAUAUUGAGAGGGACAAGGGCGAUCCUGUGCGGUACCUGCGCAAAUACAUCGAUCUCUUCCGAGAGUAUGUCUACGACAUUAUUGCCCAGUUCACCACCAUAUUCCUCGACUCUCCCGCUUCUCUACCGCAUGUGACCGCUUUCGCAAGUCAGGCGGUCACCGAGCUGGUUGCGCUUGUGCACUCUUACGUCCCCCGCCUGUCGUCCGAUGCCGCAUCAAUGUCUUCGAUCCUCAUUCAGCUGGGCUACUGCGUCAUGUCCUUCUCCCGAGUCGGCCUUGACUUUGCCCCACUUAUAUCAGAGCCUUUUGGAGAGACGGCCAUGGCUUCGUUCUCCGGUUCCAUCUCCUCUGCUUCUACGGAAUUCUCCGCCCUCCUCCGCGAGUCCUCUAAAACGUUCGCAGCACCCUCCAAAUCCCUCGUCGUACCAGACUACAUCCCAUUCCUCGUCUCCGCCCCCUCUUCUCCUCCUUCAUUACCUACGAACGGGGAGAUCAUCGAAGUCGCGACGCAUUACCCGCCAUUCGUGACUCUGAUAAACGCCCAUCUUACGGCGUUCAACAACCUCCGACUCCUCGCUCCCCUCUCUCUUCACUCUCAGAUUCUCGCCCUUCACUCCGCCUCCCUCCUGUCCGGUACAACAGCGUUACUGGCGUACCUCCGACACACCUCUGCCCACUCCGAAGACGCGCCCCCAAGCCCGUCUAUCGCUUCAAGUCCCACAUUCGCAGGACCCGGCGGCCGUCCGACACAUACACGUACCCCUUCCGCCCCUCGCGCAGACUUGUUGAGACGCAAUUCUGAAGUCUUGCUCACGCCUGAACAGAGGGCGUCAAGACGACGUGAAGCAAAGAGAGUCAGCGUUGCUGCGGGGCAUGUAUGGGCUAAGGUUGUGGUACCGUACCUGAUGGACAAGCUGGAGGAAGGCGUAUUCGGUGACGAAGGGGCCGAGAUUGACACGAAGCAAGAGAGGGUAAUAGAAGGAGAAUUAGGGAAGAGGCUUGAGCAGCUGGAAAGCUGGGUGAAGGAGAAUGCCGAAGGGCUCACACUCAAGGAGCCGGUGCCGAGAAAGGAGCAGAGGGAAAGGGAAAAGGAAAAGGACAGGGCUGAGGUGGAGGAGAACACCCUCCAUGAAGAGCCCGAGGAAGAUGUGGAUAUGUCGAGGACGCCGGAAGAGAUUGAAGCGAUUGUUGGAGAAGAGGCGCCGGACACGGAGGCUGCCAAGGUCGAGCCAGCCUCUCAGCAGGAAGGAUCUACAUCAACGCCAAAGGCUGAAUCCGAGGCUUCAGUGACUCAAGCCGAGACACCAGGGCGCUCUCUGCCGGAGCCGGUCGUUCCCGAGGCCCCUGUCGAGACUGUCUCUACAGAUCCUUCUGUCCCAGAUCUUCCAGUGUCAUCGACAAAGCCAGCUGCUACAAAGCCCGCUUUGAGUGAAGGCACCUCUGUGGAGACCGCUGGUGAAGUUGAAGCUCAAAACGGAGAAGCCACCGAUGAACUUGUUGAAAAAACGGCAAGUCCCCAGAAGGAGGUCAGCGAGCCUGAACCCGGCGUGAAGGACGUUGGAAUCGAAGCGUCGUCGCCAAAGGCUGUCGAUACCGAGAUAGCGCCGGUGAUUUCAGCAACUGAACCGCCCGAGGAGAAGCUGCCCCUGAACGGAACUGAGAUAACAGCUAAAACGCCUGAGCCUCUUUCUGACCUGACAUCGUCGGGCGUAGAAGAUACCCAGAAAGUGGCAGAGGAUAUUCCCGCUGAGGCUCCAGUGGCCAAGGAGAACACUCCGGUCAACUCAACAUCGCCUGCUGUAGAGGAGGCUGUGGUGACGAAGGUGGAAGACAGUGUGCCAGAGACAGUCGAGGCAAAGACGGGCAACGUUUCCGCCGAACUCACGGCAGAGAGGGAUGAAACCACCGUGGGACCGGUCAACAAUGGAGAAGAGAUCAAGAAUGGCAACGCCGUUGAAGAGUCUGUUCUUGAGACAAUCCCUACCUCUUCAAUUGAAGAAUCUUCCAAUGCCGUCGGCCAAGAUUCCGAACCAGUCAACCCACCCAGCGCCGAAGACGAAGGGCAAGAACUCGUUGUACCUCCCUUCGAGGCUCUAGCUGAACCUCCUACACCGGCUACGGUAGACACAUCUACGUCGGGGCAAGCUUCGGAGAAUCCUUCGAGGGCUCCGUCCCCUGAAGCGGGCCAAGGUGAAGCUGCGGCUGGAGGAGCGGGUGGUGGAGGUGGAGCAAAGAAGAAGAACAAGAAGAAGAAGAAGAAGGGUGGAAAGUGA